GCUCCCAGCCUCAGUUUCCUUCCCGUCCCGACUCCUUCCCCUGCCGGCGGCCCUUCCUCGAAGGCGGAUGUGCGUCGGGAAAGCGAAGGCGGCGGCGGGCGGAGAGGGUCCCAGCUCGGCCCCGAAGGCCUCGGGACGCGGCCAUGCGACGCCCGGGGCGAGGCCUCGGCUGGCCCCCCGGGCCACAGGAGCUCUGGAGCCCCAGGACCAUGGACGCUCUUAAUAGGAACCAGGUGGGCCCUGGGUGCAAGACCCAAGCAAUGGUCAAGAAAGGGCCCUUGGACCUGAUUGAGACAGGCAAAGGGCUGAAGGUGCAAACGGACAAACCCCAUCUGGUGAGCCUGGGCAGUGGGCGGCUCAGCACAGCUAUCACCCUUCUGCCGCUGGAGGAAGGGAAGACCGUGAUUGGCUCUGCGGCCAGGGACAUCUCCCUGCAGGGUCCAGGCUUGGCUCCAGAGCACUGCUACAUUGAGAACCUGCGGGGCACCCUCACCCUCUACCCGUGUGGCAAUGCCUGCAGUAUCGACGGGCUCCCUGUCCGGCAGCCCACCCGGCUCACUCAGGGCUGUAUGUUGUGCCUGGGUCAGUCGACCUUCCUGCGCUUUAACCACCCGGCUGAAGCCAAGUGGAUGAAGAGUAUGAUUCCGGCAGGGGGCCGGGCCCCCGGGCCCCCCUACGGUCCUGGCUCAGAAUCGGAAAGCCUGGUGAAUGGGAACCACGCGCCACAGCCCGCGACCCGGGGCCCCUCUGCCUGCGCCAGCCACAGUUCCCUGGUGAGCUCUAUUGAGAAGGACCUGCAGGAGAUCAUGGAUUCGCUGGUGCUAGAGGAGCCCGGAGCGGCCGGCAAGAAGCCUGCCGCGACUUCCCCACUGUCGCCAAUGGCUAAUGGUGGGCGCUACUUGCUGUCCCCGCCAACCAGCCCUGGUGCCAUGUCUGUGGGCUCCAGCUACGAGAACACCUCUCCAGCCUUCUCUCCGCUCUCCUCACCAGCCAGCAGUGGGAGCUGUGCCAGCCACUCACCCAGCGGGCAGGAGCCAGCACCUUCCGUGCCGCCGCUGGUGCCUGCCCGUUCCUCUAGCUACCACCUGGCCCUGCAGCCCCCACAGUCCCGACCGGGCGGUGCCCGCUCCUCCGAGAGCCCCCGGCUGGGCCGGAAAGGGGGUCACGAGAGGCCUCCCAGCCCCGGCCUCCGAGGUCUGCUGACGGACAGCCCCGCGGCCACUGUCUUGGCGGAGGCCCGCAGAGCCACCGAGAGCCCCCGGCUGGGUGGGCAGCUGCCCGUGGUGGCCAUCAACCUGAGUGAAUACCCAGCUUCUGGUGCCCGAAGCCAGCCCACGAGCAUUCCUGGAAGCCCCAAGUUGCAGCCUCCGGUCCCUGCUCCCCGAAACAAGAUCGGCACCCUCCAGGACCGCCCCCCCAGCCCUUUCCGUGAGCUGCCAGGCACCGAGCGGGUGCUGACAACCAGCCCCUCACGCCAGCUGGUGGGCCGAACAUUUUCAGAUGGGUCAGCCACCCGCACCCUGCAGCCUCCUGAGAGUCCCCGCCUGGGCCGGCGGGGCCUGGACAGCAUGCGGGAACUCCCUCCGUUGAGCCCGUCUCUGUCGCGACGGGCUCUCUCCCCCAUGCCCACCAGGACUACGCCAGAUCCCAAGCUAACCAGGGAAGUGGUGGAGAGUCCGCGGGCCCGGCGCUGGGCAGCCCACGGGGCGGCACCGGAGGACUUCUCCCUGACGCUGGGGGCACGGGGCCGUAGGACACGGAGCCCCUCACCCACGCUCGGGGAGUCACUGGCACCCCGCAAGGGCAGCUUCAGUGGCAGGCUGAGCCCAGCCUAUAGUCUGGGCUCUCUGACCGGGGCUUCGCCCCGCCAGAGCCCCCAUGCCCAGAGGAAGCUGUCCAGUGGGGACUUGCGGGUGCCUGUCACUCGGGAGCGGAAAAAUAGCAUCACGGAGAUCAGUGACAACGAGGACGACCUCCUGGAGUACCACCGGCGGCAGCACCAAGAACGGCUCUGGGAGCAGGAGAUGGAGAGACUGGAACGCCAGCGCCUGGAGACCAUCCUGAACCUGUGUGCCGAGUACAGCCGGGCCGACGGGGCACCCGAGGCUGGGGAGCUGCCCAGCAUCGGGGAAGCCGCCGCAGCAUUGGCGCUGGCGGGCCGGAGGCCCUCACGAGGCCUUUCAGCGGCCACCGGAGCCUCUGGGCGGGGCACCGAGGAGCCCGGGGGUGCCACCCAGCGCCUGUGGGAGUGCGUGGACCGCUCAGAUGAGGAGAAUCUCAAGGAGGAGUGCAGCAGCACUGAGAGCACCCAGCAGGAGCAUGAAGAUGCACCCAGCGCCAAGCUCCAGGGGGAGGUGCUGGCCCUGGAAGAGGAGCGGGCUCAGGUGUUGGGGCGAGUGGAGCAGCUCAAGGUCCGUGUGAAGGAGCUCGAGCAGCAGCUGCAGGAGUCCGCCCGCGAGGCUGAAAUGGAACGAGCAUUGCUGCAGGGGGAGAGGGAGGCAGAGCGGGCGUUGCUGCAGAAGGAGCAGAAGGCCGUGGACCAGCUGCAGGAAAAGUUGGUGACCUUGGAAACCGGCAUCCAGAAGGAGAGGGACAAGGAGAGGGCGGAGCUGGCCGCGGGACGGAGGCACCUGGAGGCCCGCCAGGCGCUCUACGCCGAGCUCCAGACGCAGCUCGAUAACUGCCCCGAGUCAGUGCGGGAACAGUUACAGGAGCAGCUGAGAAGGGAGGCCGAGGCCCUGGAGACGGAGACAAAGCUGUUUGAGGACUUGGAGUUCCAGCAGCUGGAGCGGGAGAGCCGCGUGGAGGAGGAGCGUGAGCUGGCGGGCCAGGGGCUGCUCCGGAGCAAGGCCGAGCUGCUCCGGAGCAUCACCAAGAGGAAGAACAGGAACAGGCUGUCAAGAGAACUAAGCAAGAUGGUGUAUGUGAGGACAGCGUGGGCUCCGAUCCUAGAGCGCCUGGCAGUCCUGGACAGUCAGGCCGGGCAGAUCCGGGCCCAGGCCGUGCAAGAGUCCGAGCGCCUGGCGCGGGACAAGAACGCCUCCCUGCAGCUGCUGCAGAAGGAGAAGGAGAAACUCACGAUGCUGGAAAGAAGGUACCACUCACUCACGGGAGGCAGGCCUUUCCCGAAGACCACGUCGACCCUCAAAGAGGUUUACCGCUCCAAGAUGGAUGGUGAGGCCACCAGCCCCCUGCCCCGGACCCGCAGCGGCCCCCUCCCCUCUUCCUCUGGCUCUUCUUCCUCCUCCUCCCAGCUCAGCGUGGCUACCCUGGGCCGUAGCCCCUCCCCAAAGAGUGUCCUCCUUGCCCAGAAUGGCACGAGCAGCCUUCCUCGCAACCUGGCGGCCACGCUGCAGGACAUUGAGACCAAGCGCCAGCUGGCCCUGCAGCAGAAGGGCGAGUCGCUUCCUGCCGAGCCCCCCCCAACCGACGACCCAGCAGGGCAGCAGGUGAUCGAGGAGCAGCGGCGGCGCCUGGCCGAGCUGAAGCAGAAGGCUGCGGCCGAGGCGCAGUGCCAGUGGGAUGCCCUGCACGGGGCGGCCCCCUUCCCGCCCGGCCCCUCGGGCUUCCCCCCGCUCAUGCACCACUCCAUCCUGCACCACCUGCCGGCCGGCCGAGAGCGCGGGGAGGACGGCGAGCACGCCUACGACACCCUGAGCCUGGAGAGCUCCGACAGCAUGGAGACCAGCAUCUCCACGGGCGGCACCUCGGCCUGCUCCCCGGACACCGUGUCCAGCGUGAGCGGCCUGGACGUGGGGAAGAUCGAGGAGAUGGAGAAGAUGCUGAAAGAAGCGCACGCGGAGAAGAGCCGCCUCAUGGAGUCGAGGGAGCGGGAGCUGGAGCUCCGGAGGCAGGCCCUGGAGGAGGAGCGGAGGCGGCGGGAGCAGGUGGAACGGAGGCUGCAGAGCGAGAGCGCCAGGAGGCAGCAGCUGGUGGAGAAGGAGGUCAAGAUGCGGGAGAAACAGUUCUCCCAGGCACGACCCCUGACUCGCUACCUGCCAAUCCGGAAGGAGGACUUUGAUCUGAAGACCCACAUUGAGUCGUCGGGCCACGGUGUCGAUACCUGCCUGCACGUGGUGCUCAGCAGCAAGGUCUGCCGCGGCUACUUGGUCAAGAUGGGGGGCAAGAUUAAGUCGUGGAAGAAGCGCUGGUUUGUCUUCGACCGGCUCAAGCGCACCCUUUCCUAUUAUGUGGACAAGCAUGAGACGAAGCUGAAGGGGGUCAUCUACUUCCAGGCCAUCGAGGAGGUCUACUAUGACCACCUGCGCAGUGCGGCCAAGAGCCCGAACCCAGCCCUCACCUUCUGUGUGAAGACCCAUGACCGGCUCUACUACAUGGUGGCCCCAUCUGCCGAGGCCAUGCGCAUCUGGAUGGAUGUCAUCGUGACCGGAGCUGAGGGCUACACUCAAUUCAUGAACUGACCAGUGUGGACCUCCUGGACCCUCGGGCCAGCCCACCUGCUGCUCCGCCCUGGAGACAGAGGUGCACACCGGGCCACACAGGAGUGCCCCCCCAGAGGCCUGGAAGGGCGGAGCGUGCCUGGGGCUGUUGUAGGUGACUUUGUACUGUUCUACGGUGUAAGGAGCUCAUCCUGUGAAUUUCUGGGCUCAGGCCCCCUGAAGAACCAGCCAGCAGAUGAAAAGUGGGGAGGCUCCCGGGAGCCCAGAAUCUGCAGUAACCUUGGAGGGCCCGGCCCCAGGCCUGAGGAGCCGUCACAAGAGGGGGCCUCAAGCUCUGACCUGGCACCUGCACUCCCCAGCCUGUGUUCUCUUUUGCAAAAGGACAAAUUAUGGUACCAGAAUCUGCCAAAGAUCCCUUCUUGCCUCAGCCCCCUUUGCGGGGGCCUUGGGGGCUGAGGAGAACCACAUCAAGAGUGGGGUAACAGCUCAGGCGGUGUACUUCUCCAACCCCGCUCUACCCUGUUCUCCCCUGUCUUUGUUCAAGGGCCAGGGACCUCCAGUGCCAUCCUUGAGGUCCUAACCUCAUCCCCUUUUUGCAGACCCCCAACCACGAUCUCCACAGUGACUGCUUCAUCGCCAUGGUCAUACACUCGUUGCCGUGGCUCCGCCCAUGCUGCAGCCAUGGGCCCAUCCGAGGGUACAAGGGUACGUACUGCGACCUCUCCAGCCCAGGACCUUGUGCAUCUCGUGCCGGGGGAAGGGACCAAGCACCCGCUCCCUGCCCCCUAUGUCUCCAGGCCCUGGUGCACAGCCGGCCGCCCCCUAGUCCAGACCUCUCCCUUGCACUCGUGCCUUGCUUAGAGCCAGAAGGGACGAAGCUUGGACAUCCAGAGACUGGAGGAAGGAAGCAGAUGGGAGAGGCAGCUAGACUGGGGUCUACAGAACUGGCUGGGUUUCUAACAGGGAUGGAGGGCCGCUCAGACGCCCGCUGGGGGAAACCUGAGCAGGAGCCGAGGGGGAGGACCCUGGGGGCUGGCUGCCCUCCCUUCCGCCUCAGAAGGAUGACAGAAAUGGAGAGCAGAGGACCAGGCCCCCAGCUGUCUGGCCUCAGCCCUUCACGCCUUAACACUAAGCCCACAACCCUGCUCCUCUGCCCAACACUGGGCCAUGGUUGCCCGGCCUGGGCUGGGCGAUUUUCAGUAUUUGUAAGCAUCUCAACAGAACAAUAAAGCAUUUGGAGUAUG